AUGUACAGUAUCCUUCGAAAGAUCAAAACCAAAAAAGGCUGCAAAGUUUGUGAUGUAUCAAAAUUAUCCCGGCUGUUCAAAUAAACUUUCCAAAAAAGUGUUUAGUUUGUUCCGUGCCAUGACCGAAAUACACCGAGUUCAACGAGGUGAGCUACAAAAAUUUGGUAUAAAAGAGAAGCACGAGGUGUUAGAAAACAUUCAUCUCUCGAUCCUAGAUUUCGAGUCAUCCGAACAAUAAUGCUGUUCUUAUCUGCUCUUCUUUCAACAACACUUUUUGUAUUCGCCAAUGCUUGUGGAGAUUCUUCUUCAUCCUGUUCAAGUUGGGUGAAAAAUGGCUUCUGCUCCUCAAAAUUUUAUACAUCCGCCCAAAAAACCGCCUAUUGUGGAACAUCUUGUAAUUUGUGCGGCAGUGCUACAACCGCUACAACUGCUGCAUCAUCUUCAUCUUGUACUGAUGCACAAUCUGCGUAAGAACUCUCACAUUAUUUUGAGUAGUUUCCUAGUCUAUUUUCAGAUGCACUUCCUGGGCUGCUAACGGUUUCUGCACAAAUUCCUUCUAUACAGUAGCUGUCCGAACACAAUACUGUGCCAAAACUUGCAACCUCUGUACAGAAACUACCGCUUCUUCAAGUGAUUCUACUGAUAGUUCCGAUUCUACUGAUGAUUCAAGUGAUACAACAGCUGCAUCUGCAACAACUACAACAGCAGCAACAUCUUGCACAGAUUCAGCAUCAGCUUGUUCUUCAUGGGUUGCUAAUGGAUACUGUACCAAUUCUUUCUACACUGAUGCACAAAGAAAACUCUAUUGUGCCAAAUCUUGCAAUUUGUGUUAA